GUACGGCAUGGCCGACGGUAUGUUUAGUUUGUAAAUGCGAACCACAUGCGAACUAUGAUGUGAUCAUUUGCGGUCUGGAAGAUAUUCCCAGUUUAUAUAUGCGUUCCGUGGUAUUCCUUCCAUAGAUUUGGCGUGGUUGUAAAUUGCCUGUCACGCCGCAUCCUACCGCAAACAUCUGAGCGGAAUGCCCCGGUCUUGCGACGUUUUGGGUUGUCCGAACGGUUCAGGCAACUCUGCAGUGUCCUAUCAUGUAGUGCCGCGGGAUGAACCGAGACGUUCCGAAUGGCUUGCUGCUGUACCCAUGCGAAAUCGCGAGGGACGAGCGCCGCCUAAGUUAAUGGUGUGCUCGCGGCACUUCUCUCCUUGUGAUUACGUCUAUGAUCCCUCCCUGAGAGUGUCACUGGGUUGCCACCAAAGACCGGCGCUUUCCCGUACGGCUGUUCCAGCGAUCGCGCCUGUCACACGCCAAGAGCUAGCCUUGUUACAGCAGGAGAUCGUAAGUGUUGACACGGCAAACAGCGCCGGCUCAAGCACCUUUGGUGAUGACGGCUGCAUCGUGCGCAUGGAAGGAGAUGCGAACGUACUGCCACUGGUAGUAAAUGUUGUUGAGGGCCAGCCUUCGUCAUCGUGGUUGCAAAUGGAUGAACUCAUCAGGGCAGGCAGCUGGGUACCACCAAAUGAAGCAAUGCCUGCAGAUUCAAGUGAAUGCACAAGGUCCUCCCUGCAUGAGAACUUCACCAGGAAUGUCAGAAACACAGUGGCAGUGUCACCAAGACACAUGGAGCUUAGCUUACCGGUCUUGUCACUAGACGUCAACCUUGCAAAAGGCCAGCCGUCGUCAUUGUGGUUGAAAGAUAAAGGAGUUACCAAGGCAUACAACUGGUGUUCACCAAAUGGAAAGACAUCGGCCUUUGAUGCUGACUCCAGAAGAAAGACGCAAGAACACCCUCAACUGAACGCGAGCAAAACAAGCAAAAUGUGUCAUCGCGGUAUCGGACACAACAAAAUGGUGCAGGUUUGCAUCCGUGGAAAGAGCAUUGGGGCUCAGGUGAAUACGACUAUGAAGGAGGUUAUGAGUGAGGGUCUGCAAACUGAUAUUCCUGACAUGCUAGUGUUGACAUCAGCAUCAACUCAAACAUAGCGAUGUACCUCUGAAGAGGGUGGGAACACCAGGCUCAGCAUGACACGAUGAAGACAUGAUGUAAAGGCUUUAGCAUAAAGGCUCUAAGAUGUCACACCUCGGGCUACUCCACAGAUGCAAGUGCUGAAUGACAGCUGCACCUACAUUGCCUGUACACCUCCACAUUCUGGUGCAAUAAGCCAUGUUAGGCUCAAGCAUGGAUUGUAGCUGGAAUCUGAAGUCUGGCAGACACACCCACAAGUUGUCAAGUUGGCCUCUAGUCAGAAUGAAGCUGAAGAGCGACAUCAACACAGCCACUGUAUUGCUGCUCUCUGGACUACCAUUGUCGUCUCGAUCUUUUGACUGCCAGAACACCUAUCUUCUUGCUGCUAUGAGCACGCCAAGGCGAUGCCACCAUGCUGCCACUUUCUUAUGAAAGGUUGCGCUAAGAGGCAUCGCCAUACGUUCAAGCCGGGUGGGACUUCGGCAUCGAUGAGAAACAUGUCCGUCGUUGGAGGGGACAUCAGGAGACACUUUUUGCAUGCGCCAGCCACGAGGAGAUGACAGCGAUAAGGAAAACUGGCAAAUGGACACAGGCACGCACAUCAGGUCGUCUGAUUGGUGUAAGUCUCAGGCAACAAUACAUGGAAUACCACACUGAGCCAAAUGAAAUGAUGCAUCGAAGAUGGCCAGUCCAUUAAACGGGCACAGCGUGCCAGAAUUCA